GCAACACAAUGGAUUCAUUUGAAAUAUAUUUAUUAUUCAAAAACAUCAACAUUCUUAGAAUCGAUUCAGAACACAUUCGAUUUGAGAAGUCAUUCAACAUGGAUUGGUGAUAAUCAAAUUCUUGAUGGAAUUUCUUUUUCUAAUGAAAAUGACAAUUACAAUGGAAUAAUUGCGAUGUCUGGUGGAUGUGUUCGAUCGAUUCCAGCAGAUAAUUCAAUUUAUAAAGAAAAUUAUUUUUCAUUAUUUUUUUACGAACAUGUUCAAAGUAUUUUUCAUAAGAAAAAAGUAGCAAAUCAUCAUGAUGGUCAAGUUAUUUACGAAGAAUAUCUUCCAACAAUUGAAUAUCUUUUUCGACAUGAUCGAGGAGGAUUUUGGGGUAUUGAAUGUUUAGCUCGAAUGAUUCCAAUUUUGAAAUUUUUAUUAAAUCAAAAAUAUUUCCGUUUGAUUUUUAAUUAUUUUUUUCAAACAAAAAUACUUUACAAAAUUGCGAUGUUAAUAUCAGACAAAAGACGUGAAUCGAUAGGAAUACUUCAAGAUAUUGGUAUUCCAACGGAUCGUACUGAAAAUAUUAUUCAUUGGGCAACUGAUAAAGGUUUAAAUAAAUUAUGGCUUUGUCCAAUUCGUUCAUUUGCAAAUGAUCAAUGUUUAUUUAAUGUUGCAAAAUCAGAUAAAGAUGGUUUUAUUAUGAAUGUUGGUUUGUAUGGUCAUAUCAAAGAUCUUCCACAAUCGAAUAUCGAUUUACAAAAGUUAGUGAAAAACUUUCAAGGGAAAGUCGCUCUCUACGCACACAUUUAUCUCACGAAAGAUGAGUUUUGGGAAUGUUAUGACUAUGAUGAAUAUUUGUUUUUAAGACAAAAUUUCUUUGGUUUUGUUUUUAUGGAUCUUUGGAACAAAGUUGCGAAAAUUACUUUUUCAAAAAAUUUUCUGAAAAAGUGA